UCGCGAGGGCGCGCCGAUCGAUGGCCGAAUCGUGGUGUUGCUGGACAGAGGAACAACGCUCUCGUACUUUACACACAAGAACCUCAGUGAAGAGAUGCUUCCAUUAACUUCACCCUUAACACAGCAGCAUCCUCGUCUUACUACUGUACAAGCGUAAAGUCGAUAACAAUUCGACAUGCAGGACUGGGCCGUGGCUGCCACGCUGCUGGCCGUCAGCAUCGUGAUAACCGCCGUGUUGAUCGCUCUAUGUCGUCAUCUGGGAGGUCGGCCGUGGAUCGUGGCCUGGUUGACAGGUGACAAAGAAGAGAAAGCGCAGUUGGCGAAGAGCGAUCAGAAUUCUCUGAACGGAUAUGUGGUCAACUCGGGGUGCACAGUUUCGUUAGAUGGUCACGAUCAUUAUAGAAACGAGAUCUCCAACACGCCUCCCAAACAGGAGACGCCAUUAUCUACUACCCAAACGACAGUUACACCACUAACGAGACAAUGGUCGUGGGAUAACGAGAAGGUGAGAGAUACUCCAAGCAUGGACAGAAGAUUCAGCCUUGACCUCGAUCUGCAAGACUUGCUAGGCGAUGGUUACCCUUCUCGACUCAGAAGAGCCAUGUCUUGCGAUAGCGUCAGUUCUGACACGUCAGUGGUUCUGGAUGCGCUUGAUUCUCCCGAACAUUUUGGAGAACUGGAGGUGGUUCUCCAAUACAGUGAAAGUGAAGAAUUAUUGGUUAACGUUCGACAAGCGAAAGAACUCGUUGUUCCAGACCCUAAUCUACCAGUCAACAGUUACGUUCGAGUAUGUUUGAUGCCUAAUCAAUCCGUCAGCAUGCAAACACGGGUGCAGAUAAAUACUCGUAAUCCUGUAUAUAAUGAAAAAUUUCUGUUUGGUGUGAAAGAAGGAGAGUUGCAUAACCAUUCUGUAGUUUUUUAUGUAUACAUCUGCGAUAAAUAUUCCAAUACUUUGCUGGGAGAGUGUGAGAUAAAGUUGGUGGAUCACCAUGAAAUUGGCUUCCGACAGCCGUACAGUGCAAGGCUAACCAUUGUCGACUCAAAUCAGGUAAAUGCCUUGGGAGAUCUCAUGUUCUCACUUAGUUACUUACCUACAGCAGAACGUUUAACAGUUGUGAUUGUAAAAGCUAGAAAUGUUCAAUGGACUGAAAAUAACAGACAUAAAGAGAUGUUUAUCAAAGUGUACCUGCUACAGAAUGAAAAGAAGAUAAGUAAGAAGAAGACAUCUUUGAAAAAGGAUGAUGAUAACCCAGUUUUCAACGAGGCCAUGAUAUUUUCUGUUCCCUCUUCUGAAUUACAGAAUAUCCAGUUACGUCUAUCCGUAGUGGAACACUUUGGCCAGGGCAAGUCGGCUUCCAUCGGUCACAUAUUUGUGGGAUCGCAAUGUACGGGCAAGUCACUGAUGCACUGGAACCAGAUGAUGUCCUCCCUUCGAAAGCCAGUAGCACUCUGGCAUCCCAUUAGAAAGUGAAAAAAAAAAAAAAACCUGUCUCAAGAACUCUACAUUAAAAAA